AUGUCAUCACAAAUAAAUAUAUUUAAUCAAUUGAAUGAUAUCAAGAAUGAUGCAUUUGGGUCUUAUCCUAACUGUUUCACUGCGACAUCGGACACUCGGCGACGUCGAGGUAUGAACACCAGACAACGAUCCAAAAGUCAGCCGAAUCACGCAAGAAAAAGCCAGAGAAUCUAUACGAUUACGGUUAAUGAGACUGAUUGGGAUUAUGAAUAUGAUCUCGCGAUCAUUAGACGUUCGUUUAAAAUAAUCCCAAAAGCUGCACUCGACUCCUGGUGUAAGAUGUGGCCCGAAAAGUGGAACUCAUAUGGAAUAUGCUUCGCUAGCCGACAAGUCAAUGCUAAUGGCUUUCCGGCUGUACUCGCCGUUCGUCAAAAAAGAGCAUUCCAUCGCAAUGUUGGUAUUCCAAAAGGCAGUAUGGAAGCUGGGGAUAACGGCGAUGAUUGGGCAUGCGCCUGUAGAGAAGUUUUCCACGAAGAGCUGUACGUACCAUUUGAUCCUCCAGCUCAACGACCACGGAAAUACAAAGUGACGAUUUCAAGAGACAAUGAAGGAGAACGGUAUAUACACUUUUUCAUAAUCUGGGAUGUUGACAGAGAACAAAAAUUUCGUAUACGUGAUAAAGACGAACUACAUGAUGAAGUUUAUUGGUUUGAUAUCGACAACACGAAUAUUUUGAAAGAUUCAGGUGAUGAAUAUUUCACACUGUCUCCAAUUGUUAAAAUGCUAUAUAAACAAUGGCCUCCUUCGAACAAUGGCAAUUAA